GGACUUGAAUGAGGUGCGCGCAGACGCUGGAAAGUAGUACAAACCGUCUGGGAAUAACGGGAAUACUGGAGCACAGCGGCCAGACAGCGGGCCGGGGGCGGGGGGACGGCGGUUAGAGGACGGUAGACACAGAAUAGGAAAAGCCUGCGUCAAUGUUUUUAUUCGACAACGCGCGCUGAGGCGACCGACUAACCAACCGACAAACCGUCCGUUUUUCACAUCGAUUUCCUCAAUGUUCAGCUUCAUGGGUCUGACGAACGGAACCACCGACACCCUCGCCAAUGUCUCCUGUACAUGUAACUGCCAGAGAUCCACUUCAUUCCAGAGUAUGGCGAUCUCCCAGCUGGAGUUUGUUCAGAUUCUGGUGAUCGUGGUGGUGAUGAUGAUGAUGGUGCUGGUGAUCACGUGUUUGCUGAACCACUACAGACUCUCAGCGCGAUCUCUGAUGUCCAGACACACACACGAGCGCAGACGACACCUGCCCCUGCCCUCGGAGGGCAGUCUGUGGUCUUCUGAUGGGCCAGGCUCUUCUAGUGCCAUGAGUGAGGUUUACACUCCUCGAGCGCCGGAUAGAGUGCCGUCGUUCCUGCAGCGUGAGCGCGUGUCCCGCUUCCAGCCUACCUUCCCAUUCCUCCCUCCAGUGAUCGAACUGCCUCCGACCAUCGCUCUGUCUGACGGCGAGGAACCUCCGCCGUAUCAGGGGCCAUGCACGCUUCAGCUGCGGGACCGUGAGCAGCAGCUGGAGCUCAACCGGGAGUCUGUGCGCCCGCCGCCCAACCGCACAGUGUACGACAGCGCGCUCACACACACACACACACUCAUACACUAGGCCAGUUGUUCAAUCAAA